GCUUUAUUUUUCCUCUCUUUCUUGACUCAAUUUUCAGUUACUUUUAUUUCUUACUAUUCUUUUUUCCGAACCUUUUUCUAAUCUACACUCCGUUUUUUUACUUUAACAGCACUAUCAUUAUAUUAUCACCAUGUCUUCCCGCGUAAUGGUUCGCAUGGCGCCGGCGCUCAAGGGCCGCAAGAAGCCCCUGACACUGACACAGGCGGCAGUCUGUCGGCUAAAGGAGCUCAAAACAAAGAGCCAACCAGAUGAGCAAAACAAGACGCUAAAGAUUGGUAUCCAGGGCAAAGGAUGCUCGGGCAACGCUUAUACAUUAUCAUGGGUAGACGCGCCGAAAAAAUUUGACGAGAAAGUGACCCAAGACGGCGUUACCGUGCUGAUCGAUUCAAAGGCGCUUUUGACUCUGAUUGGAACAGAGAUGGACUGGUUCGAGGGGAAAUUGGCUUCGCAGUUCAUAUUUAAUAACCCGAACGUCAAGGGCGCUUGUGGAUGCGGCGAGAGCUUUUUGGUUUGAUGAGAGAAAGCACAUGUUUUUUUACGCAUUUCAACAACCAAACCUUGUCUUCCUAUAUUUUUUUGUACUUAUAAUAAACAUUAACGAAUAAACA